CUCUGACAGUGGUUGUGCUACGCCGCCUGGACCCACUGCUUCCUUAUACCUAUCGUGCCGCCGCCAUCCCUCGACACCCUCUGCUCUGUAAUGCAAGAUGAGGAGCGGAGGCGGCGUUUUCCCGGCCGCGCUGCUUCUCGGCCUCCUGCUGCAGUAUGCGCUAGGUUUUGUGGCACGGGAGGCCAUGGAGGACUUUUAUGGCACAGACAUGUAUGGGGGUGCUGAGGCCACCGUACAACACAAAAAGGAGAUCAAGAGAGUCUGGCCACAACAGCACGAAUUAGGGUGUGAGUGUGGUGAUGGAGUGCUAGGUUGCAUCGAUGAAGAUGCCUUAUGCUCCUGUGUGGGACCAACGCUCCUCUGUGACGGCCACUUCGAUUGUCCAGGCGGAGAGGACGAGCACUCCUGCCCCCCUGAAGAGUGUACAGAGUUCCGGUGUUCUAACGGGAAGUGCAUCUCAAAGGAAGAACUGUGUGACACCUUCGAUAACUGUGGUGACCAGACUGACGAGCGCUUCUGCAACAUACCUCCAUUAGUACAAAACUGCACAGGACCCGACCAGUUUAACUGUACAAAUGGUGAUUACUGUAUCCCGGUCAUCUGGCGCUGCGAUGGAGAUUUUGAUUGCCAUGACAAGUCUGAUGAGGCUGAUUGUCCGUCAACCAGCUGCAGUUUCUCGUACCACAUGUGUGGAGACGGCCACUGCAUUGAACGAUCUUGGCUCUGUGAUGGUGAACCUGACUGCCCUGAUUCAUCAGACGAAAAAUUCUGCAAUACAGUUGUACAAAGCACGUGCAGUGCGGACCACGUAGCGUGCGCGACGGAGGGUCGUUGUGUGAUGAAACAUUACGUUUGUGACGGUGAGGACGACUGUGGUGACUGGUCCGACGAGCACAACUGUAACGUGACUACUUGUUACCUUGAUGAUUUCAGGUGUGAGUCUGGGAUGUGUAUCGACGCUCAGUGGGUGUGUGACGGUGCGUACGACUGUGAGGGCGGUGAAGAUGAGGCUACCUGCCCUCACCCUUCUACUGGCAUGCAGCCUGAGGACUGUCCCCCGGACUUCAUGUGGUGCUACCCGCAGUGCAUUGCCCCCGAGUGGAAGUGUGACGGCAAGAACGAUUGUACGGACGGUUCUGACGAAGCUGACUGCCCGGUUAUAUGUGAAGAGGAAGAAUUCAAGUGCAGAUCCUCCAUGUGUAUACCCCGAGAUGACCUCUGUGAUGGUCAUCAAGACUGUUUACAUGGUGACGAUGAGGCUCACUGCCUGACAGCAGAGUGCACGGACCUGGCUUGCUCGUACAUGUGCACAGACACUGGAGACACGUGCCUCUGUCAGCCAGGAUACACCCUCGGCCCUGACAACGUCACGUGAGUACACUGUCACACACCACCACU